AUGCGUGAGGCUAAGGGAGUUCCUGGGCUUGCGAUGGAUGUCGAGCCAACUGGUGCUGCGGCGAUGGGUGUGGUACAAGCGAGGCAGCGCUGUUUCCUUGUGGAGAGGAUGCCCGGUGCUCCCAGUCGCACUACUGAGUUUACCGACUUCGAGAUGGUAAUAACAUCCAUAGAGAAUGAACGACUGAGCGACCGCACAUUGCCUGACGGUGCGUGUAUCUGGUUGGAUCUGCAGGGAACUGGGAUGGAGCAGAACCGGCGUGUGCUGCAGCUGCUCUUCCCCGAGAUGCAGUCGAGUCAGAUGGAGGCGGUGCUUGACGCGGACGCGGAGGAUGUGGUGGAGCUGCAGCCGGUCAAGGGGCAAUAUCUCAUUGGGAGUCUCGCGUGUGCGCGGGGGCGGGGGCGGGGUCUCUCCUCCACCUCCACAGCCGAUGGAGAUGCGGAGGGGGAUGCCAUCUCGUGUUCGUUUGCAUGCAGCGAACGGUGUCUCGUGACAGUGCACACAGCCCCGUUUGUGGGUUUGGCGGAACUACUACGUCAUGUGGAGGUGGAAGGAAACCGUAGACGUCAAACCCAUGAAUUUCCCUUUACAGAUGAGAUGUCUAUGGAUGCUGGAAGUCCAUCUACUUUAGUUCCCCAAAACAUGACAAGUGCUACUAUUUUGUGUACAUUGGUGUGUUUCACUUGUGAAGCUUUUCUUCCUGACCCAACAUCAUUACUCAGUGAGGUUGGCAAUAUUGAUGAGAUGGUGCUUCUGAUUUCACCAGGACAACAGGAUCAGGCAGAUUUAUUACGUCGUGUGGCUCUAUUGCGUCGUCGUAUCUCAAACUUUCGAACUGCACUAUUCUUAAAGGAAAAACUCUUGCGGGAAUUAAUCGCUCCAACAAUGCGUUCAUCUUUUGUGGGAAAAGGUCCUGCCGUUGUGCGUACAUACAAAGAGGCACUAGAAAAAGUUAUGCAGGUAUCAGAACGACUGGAUGACACACGUGAUAUGCUAAAUCAGGCGAAUUUGAAUUUUGUAACAGGUGUAUCCAUGAGGAUGUCUCAGGCAUCUGCUGGACUCGAUUUCAAAAUGACAGUACUGAACCAAGUGGCCGCUGUUUGCCUUCCCAUUAAUCUUGUUAUUUCUAUUUUCGGAAUGAACUGUAAGGUUCCAUACAUAACCGAUCAGAAUGACACCCUUGUUCCAUUUUACUGUAUUUGUGGUGUACUUCUUGCAUGGGCAAUUCUUUGCUUGACACCAUUGUUCCGUGAAGCCAUUCGGGGGACAAGUUCAAGUGCAAUUGCGCCAUAUGAGUGA